ACGUGCUUUGGCAGAACGUGCGCCAUUCAACAUUGACCAAGCGACGAAGAUACAUGCGAAGAAGACAACAAGCUGAAAUAUGGCAGCGUGAUUGUGGCAACAGAACACGUGCAAAAGCAUUGCUUUGCACUAAAAACAACACUUAUUUUCACCAUGGCGUUCCCCAACGUGUACUUGUUCCUGGCAAUAGCCUCAUACAUCGGAUAUACAGAAUUUGAAGACUAUGUCGAGUCAGAGUCUAUACAGCAGCAUGGAGUUCUCCCUGCAGUUGGAGAGCUCCCUGGACGAGAUGUUCGGUCUGUCGGCAGAUGUGUAUGCCGCUGACCUUGGGACGGAGGGAGGCAUUCUUGAUCUCGGCCUAAAUGGGGGUCUUAAACCACAUCAGCUUGACCAGCAGGCUGUCCAGGCAUCACUGGAGGAUUUCAUUCUUCCAGAAACACCUGGAGAUCUACUUGAUGACUGGAUGGAAACACUUGAUAUAACAUCUCUUCUUGAUACAAGCAAUGCCCCUACAGUAACUCAUUCAUCAGCACCAUUAGUUCAGCUCCCCAGUGUCAACAAACCAGUGGUCUCCCCAGCCACACGGAUAGUUUCUUAUACAACCAACAAAGGUGAUGACGAGCCGAAAAAAGAGGGCAUGAAGAUUGCUGCAUUUGAAUUACUCAAAGCACUACUAACAGAUAAUCAAAAGCUCGUUCAAAGCAGUGAAGCAGAAAUUGCUAAAGUUGAACCUGUCAUGAUGCCUGUACAAAGAGUAUUCCUAGAACCAGUUGAAUCACCAGAAGCUGAAGUUCCAAAUCUUGACUUCUCUGCAUUCAUUGAGGAAAAUGUUUCUUUUGACAUUAAAGAUGAAAAUGACGGUGAUCAAUCACACACCUCAUUUCAAGAUUUGCUUGAAAUACAGCCUGUUGUAUCCUUUGACAAUGGUGAUGUUGCUGAAUUUCAACCUGAAUAUGACAGUGCCUUAAUUGCCAGUAUUGAACCUUUGACAAAUUUAGGCGUUUCUUACACUGCAAAGGUCUGCUCAGCAACCCCACCAAAGUCACCUAAAUCAGAAACAUUUUCCGAGCCUUCAUCUCCAGAGUACUCCAAUGACAUUAGCACUAUUGACACCAGUUACCUCGAUGACAGCAGCUGGUCUAGUUCAGUUAAAAGCAGUCAAGUGUAUGACCAUGAGUUUACUAAAAUUAAAUCCAAAAAAAAGAAGUCAAGGUCAGAUCCAUAUGAUGCUGAUUUUGAUCAUAUUUCUGAUAAAAAACUGCGAAAAAAAAUGCAAAACAAGAAUGCCGCCACUCGUUAUCGUGUUAAGAAACGAUCAGAGAAAGAAACACUUCAGGAACAGGAAUUGCGUCUGUCUGACAAAAAUAAAGAAAUGCGAGAAAAAGUAGAAUCUUUGCAACGUGAAAUAAAAUACAUGAAAGAACUCAUGAGUGAAAUAAACAAAGCUAAAAAGCAAUCUAAAUACUGAAAUUUGCAAAAAUAUUCAUCCCAGGUUUUUGAUCUUUAAGUGAUUUUUUCUUGUGUACAAAAUCAUGAUAUUGAUACUGUGACUCAUUGUACAUUUUCAUUGAUAAAAUUUGUAAAAUAAAUGAAUAUCCAUGGUCAA